AGGAGCAGGCAGAGAAGGUUUCAGUCGCUGGCAGAGCCAUACACACCUCACCUGCAUAGACACAUACACCCACAUAUACACUUGCCACACGCCUCCACCUUCUGCAAGGUCCCCCUUCAUUCCAGCUCACAUCCCCUGCGGUAGUCUGACCGGAUGAGUUACCCGGUGGACACGGUAGGGAGCCCCUUCCGGAGAGUUAUGGAUACUAGGACGACCGGCUACGGCUACAGCCGCUCCAGCGGCACCCCCUCCAGCGGCUUUCGCUCCCAGUCUUGGUCCCGAGCAAGCCCCGGCUCCACCAUGACCACAUCUUACAAGAGGAGCGUGAAUAUGCCGGUAACCCGAGCUUACAGCUCCACGGUGCUCAGCUCCGCCGACAGCGUUGAUUAUAAUCAAACCUCCAUCCUGAACGGAGACUACAAGCGAUCUAAUGAGAAAGAGCAACUUCAAGGGCUCAACGACAGGUUUGCUGUUUACAUUGACAAGGUGCACUACCUGGAGCAGCAGAACAAGCAGAUCGAGGCGGAGAUCCAGGCACUGCGGCAGAAGCAGGUGUCCCGCUCCCAGCUGGGCGACCACUAUGACCAGGAGCUGCAGGAGCUGCGCUCGAUGUUGGAGCAAAUCCACCAUGACAAGGCGCAAAUUCAGCUCGACACCGACCAUAUUGAGGAGGACAUCCAGCGGCUCAGGGACCGCUUUGACGAAGAAGCUCGCAUCCGGGAGGAGACAGAGGCCAUUAUCCGUGUCCUGAAGAAGGACAUGGGCGACUCGGAGUUGGUGAAGUCAGAGUUGGAGAAGAAAGUUCAGUCGCUGCAGGAUGAAAUUGCCUUCAUCCGCAACAACCACGAGGAAGAGGUGAGCGACCUCAUCGCCCAGAUUCAGGCUUCUCAGGUGACCAUGGAGAGGAAAGACCUCCAGAAGACAGACAUCACCGAGGCUCUCCGGGAGAUCCGCUGCGAGCUGGAGGGUCACUCCAACCAGAACCUGCAGCAGGUGGAAAACUGGUUCAUGUGUCGCUAUGCCAAGCUCACCGAGGCAGCUGAACAGAACAAGGACGCCAUAAAGUCCGCCCGUGAUGAGAUAGCCGAUUACCGUCGCCAGCUGCAGUCCAAGACGGUGGAGUUGGAGUCUGUGCGCGGGACAAGAGACUCACUGGAGAGGCAGCUGAACGACAUCGAGGACCGCCACAACAGCGACCUGGCCAGCCUGCAGGAGACAAUUCACCAGCUGGAUAAUGAGCUCAAGAGCACCAAAUGGGAGAUGGCACGUCACCUUCGCGAGUACCAGGACCUCCUCAAUGUCAAGAUGGCCCUGGACAUUGAGAUUGCUGCAUACAGGAAACUCUUGGAGGGUGAGGAGACCCACUUCAGCACUUUCCCUUACCGCCAGACUGUCACCACCAAAAUCUCUAAGCCUAAAUUAGAAACUCCUAAACUUAAGGUGCAGCACAAGUUUGUGGAGGAGAUCAUCGAGGAGACCAGGGUGGAGGAUGAAAAGGCUGACAUUGAUGAGGCCUUGGCAGAGAUAGCACAAGAGCUGUCUGCCACACUCGGAGAGGGAGGAGAUGAGGAAGAGGAGGAGAAAGAGGGUGAAGAGGCAGAGGAAGCAGAGGGUGAAGGUGAAGAGGCAGAGGAAGAAGAAGGAGGAGAGGAGGAGGAAGUUGUAAGCGCCACUGAAGCCAAAGUAAGCUCUAGUGCACCCACUAAGGAGGAAGAGGAAGAAGAAGAAGAGGGAAAAGGAGGUGAUGAAGAAGAAGAAGGAGAAGGAGAAGGUGGUGAGGAGGGAGAGAAGGAAGAAGAAGGUGAGGCUGAGGGAGAGGAUGAGGGAGAAAAGGGGGAUGAUGCAGAGGGAGGUGAUGAAGGAGAAGAGGGAGGAGAGGAGGAAGAAGAAGAGGAAGUUGAGGAGACAGCACUGUGCGCCAAAGCUCCAGAAUCUAAAGCCUCUCCUGACAAAGAGAAGGCUGGAGACAAAGAGGGCAGUGGAGGAGAGGAGGAGGCAGAAGAGGAAGCCGUUGCUGAAGAGGAGGGCGGUGAUCAGGAUGAAGAUGCAGGCUCUGACAAAGCAUCCAAAAGUGGAGAUGAGAAAGAGGAAAAAGAUGAUGCAGACAAAAGCAAAAAGGAAGAUGAUAAGAAGGUAAAAGAUGAGAAAGCAGAUGACAAAUCAGAAAAAGAGGUAGCCAAGAUUGAGGCUCCGAAAACAGAAGCUGCAAAGCCUGAGGCCAAAAAGGAAGAGGCUGCCAAAACAGAGGUAACAAAACCUGAAUCCCUAAAGCCUGCCUCCCCCAAGUCUGAAUCACCUAAACCUGAGUCUCCUAAAUCUGAAUCUCCCAAACCUGCAUCUCCUAAACCUGAGUCUCCUAAAUCUGAAUCUCCCAAGCCUGCAUCUCCUAAACCUGAGUCCCCUAAAUCUGAAUCUCCUAGGCCUGCAUCUCCUAAACCUGAGUCCCCUAAAUCUGAAUCUCCUAGGCCUGCAUCUCCUAAACCUGAAUCACCUAAAUCUGAAUCUCCUAGGCCUGCAUCUCCUAAACCUGAGUCCCCUAAAUCUGAAUCUCCUAGGCCUGUAUCUCCUAAACCUGAAUCACCUAAAUCUGAAUCUCCUAGGCCUGCAUCUCCUAAACCUGAAUCCCCUAAAUCUGAAUCUCCCAGGCCUGCAUCUCCUAAACCUGAAUCCCCUAAAUCUGAAUCUCCCAGGCCUGCAUCUCCUAAGUCUGAGUCUCCCAAGGAAGGCUCACCAAAGGCCGGAUCUCCCAAACCUAGCUCCCCAAAAGCUGAGUCCCCAAAGUCGGAAUCCCCGAAACCUGAAUCUCCAAGAGCUGAAUCCCCCAAGUCAGAAUCCCCAAAACCUGAAUCCCCAAAAGCUGAAUCCCCAAAAGCUGAAACCCCAAAACCCGAAUCCCCAAAAGCUGAAUCCCCAAAGGCCGAGACCGCCAAGCCUGAUGCUCCUAAAGCAGCUGAAGAGAAAUCAGAGAAAAAGAGUGACACAACAGAGGACAAGACGGUCGAAAAGAAAGAUGUUGCCAUGAAUGGCGAUAUAGAUAAGAGCAGCCCAGAAGAGAAAGACAAGAAGGACGAGGGGCAAGAAGUCGACAUGAUGGCUAACGGUGUUGAUGAGAGCCCCGUGAAGGAAGAUGGCAGCCAGAAAGUUGUAAUCACCAAGACUGUGGAGACGAUCACCACCGGAGAGGAUGGAUCCAAGCAUGUCACCAAAUCUGUCACUGUGACCGAGACAGUGAAGGAGGUGGAGGAGGUGCUGCAGGAGAAGAUGGUCUCCACCAAGAAGACAGAGAAGCACUCCACCCAGUCCAUCAAGCAGGUGACAGAGGGCGACUGAGGAGACUCCAGAUGGCUGAUCCAGCGGCCGAGGAGGUGUAGGAGGCGGGGGCCAGAGGAGGGGACAUGAACACAAGCAAUCAACCCAGAACUAACAUAACAAAGAAAAUCAUACAGCUAGAGCGAUGUAAUAAAGAUAACCACUCUCAAACAUACAAAACAAAUCAUAGAGAGAAGCCAAAACUUAAAUGCUACAAAUUUCAAAAAUGCAUGUUGAGUGAAAGCUUUAAAUGGGCUUCGCUGCAGCCGCGGUCAGGAGCAAGUGACUGAGACAUUUUAUCCUCUUAUUUUUUCUUUCUGCAGUUCAUGGGUGAGCUCUCGGGUGGGAGGGAGGGGGGUCUCUGCAUGCUAGCUCAGGGGAGGGGAGUACUUUCCCCUCUUAUCUGUAUGUAUGGUAGAAAUACACUGUAAAAAGAGUAAAUAUAUAAAAGGAAUAAAUGCGUUGUGGGUGGGAGAGCGAAAGAAAUAUUAUUCAAGUUAAGAGGAUUUUUGAGUUUAAGUAAAAGAGGGGGACAGACAGGAGGGAGGGUCCUCGAUGUAGACACACGUUCUACUGAAGAAGCCUUACUUGACACAUGAAGAUACCAACUGAGCCAAAAAAGAAAUAAUUACACGACAUAUAGUGAAGAAAGACACAGGCAGUGAUAUGAUAAACACAUGACCAUAUACAGUACAUCCAGUAACUGAAGCAAACUAAAGCUUAACAAACUGAAGAAACUCUUAGCCUUAAACAUGCUUUUUAUCAGUGUCUGUUAUGUUUACCUGAGUGCAACUAAAAAAAAACUGUAAAUGCGCAGAUACAUGCAUUCUUGUAUGCAUAGGAUGGACUUGAAUUUAAAUACAGAUAUAAAUGAGGUGCUACUGUUUGCAAUCCCAUGACUUUACUCAUCAUGAACAAUUUCCCAGCAGCAUUUGCUCAAUAAAUGUCAAUGAAUAAAAAAAG